GUAGAACGUACGUGUGCAAAAAUCGCCAACUUUCAUGGAAACAGAGGCCCGAGCGUUCUUGAGCUCAAAUCACGGACGGUUCUUCCGCAAAUUAGCGGGCGUCCGCAUUAGAACGUAGGAUUUGUCAACAGCCGUCAACAGCCAAUCAGAUCGCUUGUAGAGCGAGCAAGCUGAGCCGAUCGAUGUAAACACAUUCGCCCAUCGCGUGCAUGCACAUGUUGUACUCUACUCUGACUACACUGAUAGCUGAAAGCUUCAAAACAUGGACUCGAAUGCGAGUUUUUCGGUCUUGCUACAAUUCAACAUGAAGAUAGCUCUUCUUUUGGUGACAUUUAUGACAUUGAGAGGGUCAUCUCUGGCUCUCCAGUGCUAUUCGUGUGAAGUUGUAUUGGGGGAGGAUGUCACCACUCCUAACGAAUGCAGAAUGAAUGUCGAUGAAGUUGAAGAGUGUGCAGAUGGCAUCAGUGAAUGUUACUCUAGGUUCGAGUGCGAGUUAACUCCCAAGGGGGCAUGCCUGAAGAGGACAUUUUCUCGCGGAUGCGUUCCAGAAGACGAAGACUGUGACACAGAACUUACUAAUACUGGAGGAAAAUACGACCUCCAGUGUUGCGGAGAGGAUAAAUGUAAUACCAUUGGAACUACCCAGGUUGCUACAUCUAAAUGAAACCCGUUACGGAGAUCGCAGAUUUCAAGAACUGACCCAGUGGUGCUUCGAGAUAAAAAUUCAUAUAUCGAUGGUGGCGGUAGUUCUCAUUCCUUUCUCCGUGUCUUUCGCUCCCACUUUCAUCCCCCUCUCUCACUCUCCCUGCAUCCAUACCCUGAGAGGUAGUUCCCCUUCUCCCGUCUCCGCCCCUGUCCCCUUCUUUGUCGCAUUCCAAAUCUGGUUUACUGAUAGGAAACGAGAAAAUGCCGUAAAUUAUCAUUGGCCUUUGUGAAUAAUGAAACGCACUCAUCUAUCAUGUAUCGGGCAGAUAAACUGAACGAAAUGAUAGUAAAAUUGUAGUUGUUUUCACCUAAACGCUUUAGAGCAAUAUUAUUGGUCAAAGUCUUCCUAUAGGCUACAUUUUCUUCUCUUUUUUUCGGGGGGGGGGGGGGGUACGUAAUUCAUUAAUGUAUAUUUUAUUCAGACUGAUAUUGAAUUGAAAACGAUUAUAUAUUAAUCUGAAGCUUUGUUUUCCACUAUCCAAAAUUUUCCCGAAUUCUUCAUACCAGGAAUUCCGGUUGAUGACUUCAUAAUUAUUUCAGACAAAAUUAUAUAUUGUGUUAUCGCGUAGUUACUGGUUAUUAUCUCUGUAAUGAACAGAUAUAUACAUCAAUAUUUGCCAAGAUACUUCUGAUCAAGUCGAAAUAUAGUGAUUUACUUAUCAUGCUUAUAUCAUGGUUCUGGCAUUAAUCAUUAUAUUAAUAAAAAACCCAAUCAUUCUAAUUCGUAGGUUCGAUUGAAAAUUUCAUAUCUGUGAUGCAUAUUCGCAAAUAAACCUGUAUUUUCAUAUUCACUC